AUGGCUGCGACAACGCGCCGGCUGCUCCUACAGGGCAGCCUCCUUCUGAUCGUCUUCGUCACUUUGCAAGAAGCGGAAGCAGCGAUGUUCAACGAACCCAUCAAUCCGAAGGAGUACCGCGCCCGAGGCGACGUCGGAGUCGCUCAGCCGCUCUUCAGAAGCGCCAGCCGGUGGAUGUCCGGCGCCAGUAACGAAGCCGGGGUACACCAGCAAGCCAGUGAGGGCGGCAGUGGCGACACUCCAGCGCACCAGCAACCAUCUGCAAGCGCCGCGCAAGGUAUGCCCCUAGCGGAGCACCAGACCUCACUUUUAGCCGAGCAUGACAAUGUACGUGUGAGCGACAGCGAACAGAGGCACCCUCGACACGGUCGCGCGUUCGUCAUAACAGACCAAGAAGGCGACAGCAACAGCAACGGUGCCCCCGUCGGACCUAGCGUACAGCUGCAGCAGCAACAACUUCAGCAGCAGCGAGCGGACGAUAGCUUCCUUGACGAAGUCAUUAAAAGCGUUAGGGUGGGUAGACCCGGCGUGGGAAGCGCCGCUUUAAGGCCCGUCGUCUUGUCUGAUCAAGGUGGCCCUGUCUUAAACGCGGCCGGUGCCCUGGCUUCUGUUAACUCGACUAAGCUCUACAACGUGAGCAACGCCCAGAAAGUGGUUGGCGACGAGCAUCCCAUGGAGUUGGGCAAGGUGAAGAUCCGGCCUGCGCACGUCGUCCUCUCGACCAACGACACGCUGCAGCUGGAGUGCUUCGUCGGCUACAACACGCACGCGUCAGUCUCGUGGACGCUCAACGAUCGCGUCCUGCUCGAGGUGGACGAGUCCAAGAUCCAGACCAUAGACUACAAAGGCGUCAAGGUCAUGAUCUCCUCCAUCCUCAUCCGCAACGUGCUCAAGCUGCCCACGUUCAAGGAGAUCUACGUCUUCAAGUGCAUCUACCUGUUCGACGACGAGAUGCAGACAGCUCAGAGCGUAGUGCACGCGCGCGUCACCGACGACUGCCAGACGGACCAGGAGUGCGCGCCCAGGAACGCGCGCUGCAUCAACAGUCGCUGCGCGUGCGCGAGCACGCAGUACCCGGUGAAGCUGCAGUCCGUUCACACCACGUGCCGCGUCGAAGCCUUCCUGGAGACGGAGUGCCUCUACGACGAGCAGUGCGAGAACGUCGAACCCAAGAGCGAGUGCACGGUUCACCACUGGUGCGCUUGCAUCCACGGCUACGCCAGGGACGCCUGGAGCAACUGCCUGCCCAAGAGCGCGGGACUGAGGACCCGGUGCAACUCGGACCGCGACUGCGUCGACCUCGGCGCCAACUGCGUGCUUAGCCACUGCUCCUGUCUGGGCGACUUGGAAGAGCGCAGCGGAAAGUGCGUCGCCAAGACCAAGCCCACGGACGAGCUCCUUAGACGAAGCCUCGUGGCCAAGGUCACUCAGAACGUCGCGUCGCCUCAGUACGCCGCGGCAUUCGCGCUUUCUUCCACGGUGGCUGCUACCCUAGCGCAUUGCUUCCUUCUGAGGCUGCUCACUCCGGAGUGACCAUAGAGAC